UUCCAGGGCUAAAAAUAAUCACCUCUGUGCUCUCCAACUCUCACUGUAUGUUGUUUCUUUUCUCUGUCUGUUCUCUUUCUUUACUAAAAUCCAACCAGUCGGAAUGAAACGGUGUCAGUGAGGAAAAUCGCUUAGUUUCCAGUCUGACUCCAGGUCUGUGAGGAACCGAUGGCUGGUGGCAUGCCCUUGUCAUUUUGUGGUAACAACAAGGUUCCUAGUGCCUACAGCGUGGACAACGGUGUGCUGAACAACGGCUGCUUUGUGGAUGCUCUCAACUUGGUUCCUCAUGUCUUCCUGCUCUUCAUCACCUUCCCCAUCCUCUUCAUUGGUUGGGGCAGUCAGAGCUCAAAGGUACAGAUCCAUCACAACACAUGGCUUCAUUUCCCCGGACACAACAUGAGGUGGAUCCUCACCUUCCUGUUGCUCUUCGUCCACGUGUGCGAGUUUGCAGAAGGCAUCGUCUCCAAUACGAUAAUGAGUACCAACCACCUCCAUCUCUUCAUGCCUGCCUUCAUGGGUUUCAUCGCAGCCACAACAUCAGUGGUUUAUUACCACAACAUAGAGACGUCCAACUUUCCCAAACUGCUGCUGGUGCUCUUUAUUUACUGGGUGUUGGCGUUCAUAACGAAGUCCAUCAAGCUGUGGAAGUUCGCAGAGUUUGGGAUCAGGUUCAAGUAUCUGAGGUUCUGCAUCACAGCCAUGUUAGUGAUCCUGUAUGGACUCCUGAUGGCCGUGGAGAUCAACGUCAUCCGUGUCAGGAAAUACGUCUUCUUCACCAGCCCUCAGAAGGUGAAGCCCCCAGAGGAUUUACAGGAUUUGGGGGUCCGCUUUCUGCAACCUUUUGUCAACCUCCUCUCUAAGGCAACAUAUUGGUGGAUGAACCCGCUCAUCAUUGGAGCCCAUAAGAGGCCGAUAGAGCUGAAGAAGAUCGGCAAGCUGCCCAUCGCCAUGAGAGCCCUGACCAACUACCUGAGGCUCAAAGACGCCUACGAGGAUCAGAGGACAGGCGAAGAUCCGGAUCGAGCUCCGUCCAUCUGGCGCUCCAUGUACAAAGCCUUUGGCCGCCCAAUCCUGCUCAGCAGCACCUUCCGAUACCUGGCGGACCUGCUGGGCUUCGCCGGGCCUCUCUGCAUCUAUGGCAUUGUUCGUAACCUGGAAGUAGAAGACAACGUCACAUCAGCUAACAAGAACAUGGAAAACUAUUUUGCCGUCUACUUCAUGCACACCACGGAGCUCCUGGAGAACAGCUCAGUCUUAGCCGUUCUUCUCUUCCUGGCUCUGGUCCUGCAGAGAACCUUCCUGCAGGCUUCCUACUACGUCACCAUCGAGACGGGCAUCAACCUGAGGGGGGCGCUGCUGGCAAUGAUCUACAACAAAAUCCUGCGACUGUCCACCUCCAACAUGUCGAUGGGGGAGAUGACUCUGGGGGAAAUAAACAACCUGGUCGCCAUCGAGACCAACCAGCUGAUGUGGUUCCUCUUCCUCUGCCCCAACCUCUGGGCCAUGCCUGUACAGAUUGUGAUGGGAGUGAUUCUGCUCUACAACUUUUUGAGUUGGAGUGCCUUGGUUGGAGCAUCGGUUAUAGUUCUGUUGGCUCCGGUUCAGUACCUCAUAGCUACAAGGUUGGCGGAAACACAGAAAAGCACGCUGGAACACUCUACAGACCGCCUGAAACAGACAACAGAGAUAUUAAAGGGUAUAAAGUUGCUGAAGCUGUACUCCUGGGAAGAUAUCUUCUGCGACAGCGUGGAGCAAACCAGAGGCAAAGAACUCACCAGCCUCCGGACGUUUGCUUUCUACACAUCCAUGUCCAUUUUCAUGAAUGCUGCCAUUCCCAUUGCUGCUGUUCUUGCUACAUUUGGGGUGCAUCACUUCCUCACCAACAGCAUUCCCAGUCCUUCUCAAGCCUUUGCAGCGCUGGCGCUUUUUCACAUACUGGUCACGCCGCUCUUCCUGCUCUCCACUGUGGUCAGAUUUGCGGUGAAGGCCCUCAUCAGUGUCCAGAAGCUCGGUGAAUUUCUCCAGAGUGAUGAAAUUGGAGAUGACAGCUGGAGAAAUGGAGAUAUAUCAGUUUCCCUGGAUGUCGGGAAGAAACACUUGGGGAUGACCAAAGCCAUCAACAGGAAGCAGCCGGUGCGCUACCAGAUGGACCACUACGAGCAGCCGAGCCGGCGGGCGAUGAGACCCACAGAGACGGAGGAUGUGGCUGUAAAGGUGAGCAAUGGAUCCUUCACCUGGGGAAACAACCAGUUGACGCUGUCAGACAUCAACAUACGUAUCCCCACAGGUCAAUUAACAAUGAUUGUGGGUCAGGUGGGAUGUGGGAAGUCUUCCCUGCUGCUAGCCAUGCUUGGUGAGAUGCAAGCAAUCGAUGGAGGAGUUUUCUGGAGCAAGGUGCCUGAUUGUGAGAUGGCCCACGAAGGGAACAUCAGUUGGUCACAGAUUGAGGACUCUGAGGAGGACAUCGGGAGCAAGAACAGAAACUCUGUGGCCUACGCUGCCCAGAAGUCGUGGCUGCUUAACGCUACGGUGGAGGACAACAUCACCUUUGGGAGUCCCUUCAACAAACAAAGGUACAAAGCUGUGAUUGAUGCUUGCUCCCUUCAGCCAGACAUCGACCUGCUGCCAUUUGGAGACCAAACUGAGAUUGGGGAGAGGGGGAUCAACCUCAGUGGGGGUCAGAGGCAGAGGAUCUGUGUGGCCAGGGCUUUGUACCAAAACACCAACAUUGUCUUUUUGGACGAUCCCUUUUCAGCGCUGGACAUCCACCUGAGCGAUCACCUGAUGCAGGAAGGAAUCCUCAAGUUUCUGCAGGACGAUAAGCGAACUGUGGCCCUUGUCACCCACAAACUGCAGUAUCUCAUACACGCAGACUGGAUCAUAGCGAUGAAGGACGGCUCUGUGCUCAGAGAGGGAACCUUGAAGGACAUUCAGACUCACGACACAGAGCUUUACGAUCACUGGAAAACUCUGAUGAACAGGCAGGACCAGGAGCUGGAGAAGGACAUUCAGCAAGACAGUCAGACAACACUUGAGAGGAAGACGCUGAGGAGAGCUUUCUACUCCAGAGAGACCAAGAAUCAGAUGGACGAUGAGGAUGAAGAGGAGGAAGAGGAGGAAGAAGACGAUGAUAAUUUUUCCACCACCACCAGCAGGCGAUCUAAGAUCCCAUGGAAGAUGUGCUGGUGUUACCUUUCCUCUGGUGGCUUCUUCAUGGUCUUCCUGAUGGUUUCCUCCAAACUCCUCAAACACUCAGUCAUCGUUGCCAUCGAUUACUGCCUGGCUCUCUGGACCUCCACCACAGCCAAUCACACUGGAUCAGACAUAAAGAAUAGGACCAGCCUCAUCAACGGCAGCACCUCCACAGACUCAGCUGAUGCUUCUCCACAACCUGAGCAUGAGUUGUACUACCUGCACGUGUUUUUCGUCCUGUGUGCUGCUGGAAUCACCUUAUGCCUCAUCACCUCCCUCUCCGUGGAGUUUCUGGGUCUUUCUGCGGCCACCAAUCUGCACCACAACCUGCUCAACAAGAUCAUCCACGCUCCCAUCAGGUUUUUUGACGUCACUCCUUUGGGGCAGAUCCUUAACAGAUUUUCCGCUGAUACCAACAUCAUCGACCAGCACAUUCCUCCAACACUGGAGUCUCUGACUAGAUCGACACUCCUCUGUCUCUCAGCCAUCGGGGUCAUAGCUUCUAUCACUCCUGCUUUCCUUGUCGCCUUGGUUCCCCUCGCUGUGGCCUUCUACUUCAUUCAGAAGUAUUUCAGAGUUGCCUCCAAGGACCUGCAGGACCUCGAUGACUCCACACAGCUUCCUCUGCUCUGCCACUUCUCUGAGACUGCAGAAGGUCUCACCACCAUUAGAGCUUUCAGGCACGAGGCGAGGUUUAAACAGCGCAUGUUGGAGCUGACUGACACCAAUAACACCGCCUACCUGUUCCUGUCUGCUGCCAACCGCUGGCUGGAGGUCCGAACGGACUACCUCGGAGCAGUGAUUGUUCUGACGGUGGCCGUCGCCUCCAUCUGGGCCGGUCGGCCUGCUGGAGGCCUGGUGGGGCUCGGCCUCACCUACGCCCUCACUAUCACUAACUAUUUAAACUGGGUUGUCAGGAACUUGGCAGACUUGGAGGUCCAGAUGGCAGCUGUGAAGAAGGUCAACAGCUUCCUCAGCACAGAGUCCGAGAACUACGAGGGAUCUAUGGACGCCUCUCAGGUUCCUGAGAACUGGCCUCAUGACGGUGAGAUAAAGAUCCACGACCUGUGCGUGCGCUAUGAUCCCAUGCUCAAGCCGGCGCUGAAACACGUCAACGCGUGCAUCAAACCGGGCCAGAAGGUGGGAAUCUGUGGCCGCACCGGCAGCGGGAAGUCAUCUCUGUCUCUGGCCUUCUUCAACAUGGUGGAUAUUUUUGAAGGGAAGAUCGUCAUCGAUGGGAUCGACAUCUGUAGGCUUCCUCUGCAGACCCUCAGGUCUCGACUCUCCAUCAUUCUCCAGGAUCCGGUGUUAUUUAGCGGCUCCAUAAGGUUUAAUCUGGAUCCAGAGCGUAAGUGCACUGACGACCGCCUGUGGGAGGCGCUAGAGAUCGCUCAGCUCAAGAACAUGGUGAAGGUGCUGCCUGGAGGACUUGAUGCCAUCGUGACAGAAGGUGGAGAGAACUUCAGCGUUGGACAGAGGCAGCUCUUCUGUUUGGCCAGAGCCUUCGUCAGAAAGAGCAGCAUCCUCAUCAUGGAUGAAGCCACAGCGUCCAUAGACAUGGCCACGGAAAGCAUCCUACAGAAGGUGGUGAUGACGGCGUUCGCGGACAGAACCGUCGUCACGAUCGCACACCGUGUCCACACCAUCCUAACAGCUGAUCUGGUCAUUGUGAUGAAGAGAGGCAACAUCUUGGAGUACGACAAACCGGACACUCUGCUGGAGCAGGAAGACGGGAUGUUUGCUUCGUUCGUCAAAGCCGACAUGUAGACUCGCAGUCGGUUUUGAACAGAUGACAACCAACAGACUGAUCAGUUUGAUCCUUAAAUCUUAUUUUUUGCAUGGAGGAAACAGAAACUCCACUUAAACCAACAAUACAGCAGGAAGCUGUGGACAAGCUGAAAUAGUCAACUGGACGUGUGUUAUUCCAAUGAAAUUCAUCUUGGAUCACCAACAUAAACACAUUGGGUGUGUUUUAUGUAUGUUAGCAAUUAGACCUACUAGAUUAUAUACAGAGGUAGUAUAAAGUCUAGUGCCCAUUAUAAACAAAAAUGACGUUAAAGUCUAGAUAAAUUUGCCUCAUUCUGUUCUGUUUUUUUUUUUUUUUUUGCAUUUACCAGAAAUACUCUGAUUUCAGAUACACUCAAGAUGUAUCAACAAUGAAUUAAAUUAAACCUAAAAGUUUCUUGUGAGGUUAGAGGUUUGUCCCACAUUAUUAGCUAGCUUGACAAGUUUUUGCAACUUAUUAUUCUGUCUAAAUUACUCUAAUUACCUCCUCCCUCUGGGUUUUGAGAAUUUUAGUGUACUUUAAAAAACACAAACAGUUUGACCUUUUUUGUGACCUCGACCUUUAAUUUACUACUAAUGAAAAGGAUUCCAGGUUAGAAAAGUAUGUCCAAAUAGAUCAACAUGCGGUUAAUUAAAUUUGUUUUGUUUUGUUUCCUCUUUUCAAUAAAUUCCACAAAUAAAACAGAGUAAGGUUGUAUUAAUCCAACUAAAAUCCUAUAUUCAACAUCCUUUAACUACAAACACACUCAGGAAGAUGUGGAUUAAUCCGCCACAUUAAGUUGUCGCAGUUGAUUUCACCAUUUCUUCUUGUUUGAGUUUUUCUUUUCUGUUCUCUGUGUAAACAUGUGAUGUUUUGUUUCAAAGGUUUUAAAACGUCUGAAAGACUUUCACCAGCUGUUGUACCUUUUUGGGAUUUAUGAACAUUAAGUGAAAUAUGGCCUGAUUUUGGGGUUGCAACACAAGAUCCUGGACGAACCCCCAAUUGUGUUACCUCUCUGUGUCCUUUGCUGAGUUUGUACAGAGACUAAGCCUUUAGGUCUUUUUGUAAUGGCAGAAUUUUUACACUGUUCAACUUUUGCAUAUUUCACCACUAUUAUCGUUUAUACUCCUUGGCACAGAUAUUAAGCAAUAAUAAGUCAGGAGGUUUGAAUGUUCGCCGGUGUCUGGUGCUUCAUGCAGUUUUUCUCACUGUGAAAGAAGAUUUUUGUUUGUAUUUUACACUUAGGUUUGUUGCAAGGUUCUACCACAGAAGUACCACUGAUAGAAAUGACUGAACUGGUCCCUCACAUCCUGGAAAGAAAGACGAUGAAGAGUGAACAGCAGAUUGUUGCGACCUUUCAUCAACCGUGAGGUCUUUUUAGGGAUGUUUUUGAUUCUUAAAAUAAUUCUUAUCCCCGUCUGACUCUUAUUGAGGCUUAACUUGGAAUGAAAAAGAUCUUCUUGGAGAAACACCACAUUUGCUUAAAUUAUCUGCCAAUCAAUAAGUUUGAUGUAAAGAAGGCGAAACAAGACCAGAAACAAAUAGUUUUUCUUCACUCAAGCAAAGAAAGUUUGAUUCAUACCUGAAAAUAUUUAUGGGGCAGUUUUUAAUUUAUGCCAUAAUAAAUAUGGCAUCCAGUAGUAAUUAUGUUUUUCAUAGUUUUCUUUUUUAUAUAUAGUUUAAAACUGGUUUAAAAUGUCUUGUUUUUGUCUUUUCAAAAUAUUAAGAUGAAAAUCUGCAACUAUAUUUGAAUUUGUGCACAAAGUAGAAGCUAGAUGUACCUAUUUUAGGGCAACUUGUACCAAAAGUAAUUUUUUUUGGUAGUUUCAGUUAAUGUGGGAUCUGCCUCACUUUUUGCCCUGUAUGCUGAGGAUACUCUGGUUUUUUUUUAUUUUUUCUCUGGCUUGAUCUCUUCAAAUGAAAACUUUCAAAACCAAGAAAUCUGCAGUUUGUUUGUGGUCGCCGUCACUCGGCUCUAUCAGCCGUAUUUCUGUGCAGACUUUAGUACGAACACUGUAAGGUGUUGCGGCUCCACUCGCAGCCGCUGAACCUGCUGUCUGUCUGCAGUCAUGCUUUGCUGAACUUUUUAAUCAUCUUGGAGGGGUCUGAACCCGCCGAAAGCUCCUGGGAGCUGGAGUGGGGAUUUUUUUUUGUAAAGUUUGAUUUAAACAUUUUCUAAUGUGAUAAAAACAAAUCUGUUUUUCUCUUCCAUCCAGUUUAGGUUCAAAAGGCAGCAUUACUGCUCUCUGAGCCCAAAGUUUUUAUAAAUGCUGGUUGCUUAAAUUUUACUAAGAAGGGAACAAUUGGUCUUUCUGAAUUAAAGUGACUGUUGUAUCUUUGUGCUAUAAACAGACACAAAAUCAGACUAAACUAAAAAAACUAUUUUAAUCUGCUGCCAGCUUUUAAAAUAUUUUAUAUAAUUAAUGCAAAGAACAGCUGUGGAAGUAUUUGUGGAAGUAGUUUGCUGUCAGGUUAUAAUCCUAUAAUAAUUGAUCAUCAGCAAACUCAUAAACUAAAAUGACUUGAUAUUCCAGACUCGCAUUAGUUUGCCGUCUCUGCUUUUAUUUGAGCUGAAAGUAUAAACAAUCAUUUAAAGUUGUUUAUAGCUUUUCUUAUUUACCAAGCACUUCUAAAGACUUUGGUUUCGUUUUUUUAUGAGAUCAUUUUGAAUCUAAAUUGUUUUUAUAGCCUUUAUAAUAUUUCAUUAUAGUUCCACCUGUUGUUGCACCAUUUUUUCUCCUUUUUCCCAGAAUCACUUGUUUCUCUGCCGCUGUCGGGUCUUUGUUUUCUUGGUAAUUGAUUGUUUUUUGAAUGACAUUUUAUUUGACUUUAGGACAUCUCUACUGUACAGAGAAAAUACCAGAUUUAUUAGAUCAUAAGUGUUUUUUUAAAGACAUUACUCUGAUGUUUUAUCUCAAGAAGUUUCUGCUUUUUGUCUUGUUAAAAUCCGCUUCAGUCUCUGCCUUUUUCCAUUCACUUCAACUCUUCCUCUUCUGUUUAGAUCCAUCUUCUACCUUCGUUCUUUUAUCCAUAUGACCAACACUAACUCCUGAUCAAUCUUUUGCAUAUUUACAGUUCUGCAUUUCUCUGCUGGACUCCUAAAUGUUUCCUUUAAACACAACAAACUGUCUUUGAGAAACGACGUUAAUGAAAACAAAAAAGGUGAAUUAGAUUAAUGUGACUUAAUUAAAAGUUUGCAUGAUCAGGUCUAUGCAGAACAUCUCACUUGUUCUGAAUUCACAUAACUGUUAAUGAUCUUAAAUGUAAGUUUUAUAUGAUUUUUUGUGUGAAUUCUGUUUGCAUAUCUAAAGGUUUUCACAAUAUAAAACAAAUGAUUUUUAUUUGUGCCUAUAUUUUUUACACAUGAAAUGACAUUAAAACUGUUUUAAGUAA